CCUAUUUACGUUCUCUCAUCUCCAGUUAUCUAUUUUGUAGUUUUUUCUUGUUUUCCUCCAGUUUUUGUUUCUUUUGUUUAUUAAAACCAACAUGAGUAUAAUAGUUAAAGCCUCGUUUUCGCAGAUAACACUUAGUGCAGGACACACCUUAGAGUCCGGCUCGAGAACCAGGAUAGGUUCGAGUGUUGUGAUUUCUAACGAAGCUUUAUUAAGUAAAAGGAAUGAUGGCUCUUUAGCUGCAAGGACUGUUACCAAACAAGGGCACAAAAAAGGAGCAGCCAAGGUGGUCAAAAAUUCAGUAGCUCCUGAUAAGGAAAAACCACCAAAAGUUUCAAGAAGUUCCCAGAAAAAGGUGGAAUCGCAAGCUGUCUCAAAGGCAAUCUUUAGGGCUGAGAAAUCAAGGGAAAGUUCUAAGGACGGAUCACGGAGAUCGAGUCAGAAGUUCAAUUUCCGUGAUCGCUCCUCCAGGAGUUUCCUUUCCGAUUCCCCGGUGGAUCGUGAGAGUUUGAAAACAUUGGCCUCGGACAUAUCCAUUUCAUCCAGAUUAUCAACGCGCAAACGCAAAAGCAGUACUAAUAAAAGUAAGUCCUCAAUAACUUUGACUGGCUUUUGGGGUCCCCAAAGAGUACAUCUCUUAAAGACUGAGAGGCCAAAGGAAGCAGAUGAAGUGAAGACAGAAAACGGAGGUGUGGAACAAGCGCAGGUGGAAUUCGCCGAAUCGUCGGAUUCCAAUUCGCUAGAGCUAAAUGCAAUUCCAGAUUGGGAUUCAAUGAAGGGCCUUACUAGCCUUCUAUCGGGUUCUGAAACCGAAACAGAGUCUACCACCGAAGUGGAGUACGUUCUUGAAGAACAGGAAGAUGACAAACCAGCUGAGAGAUUUCACUUUCUAAAAGUAUUUGGUAGUCUACCCGAUAUAAACCAGCUGUCGGCUACUAAUAGUGCUGAGGUUAUAGAAGUACCCAAUGUGGAGGCGAGAUUCGUGUCGGCCGUGGACGAAGUAUCCUACAGAUCAAGUGAGUCGGAUAGGGCAUCCGAUCUGCAAGUGGAAAAGGAGUACACUGAAAAUCUGGAACUGAAAACCAGUAUUUCUGGCAUCAGUCUCGAAGACCAGACCUGUAGCGAUGAGGAAGUCGAGUGCGAAAUAGUGCCGGAAAAGCCAGUGGAUGAGGAUAUAAGUGAAUAUUUACUGACCAUCCGGCCGAGGCUAACGGCCUUCGAUGAGUCCACAUCGUCAAGUGAAGAAGUCAUUUCGGCCAACAAGGAGGUCGUCAAAUUAUUUCUCAUUGGCUUAAUAAACGAAACUGUGCAGUUUGCUGAGAGAACUGCAGUUCGGCUGGGGCGACUGCUCGACAAGGAGAAAAUGCUCAAGGAACUGCGAGGCUUGGUCAUCGACUACCAAUCCGAAUCGCAAAGAAAUCAGCUUCUCGAAAAGGUCACAACGGACUAUUUCGUGCGGCGCAAGGAGUUCUCCUUCGUCAUCGAGCCCAAGCAAAUCGAAACGAUCAAUCGCGAACGCCUAAUGGGUGCCCUGGUGGAACUAGAUAAUCGAUUGGAGCAAAUGCAGAAGACCGAGCAGCUAUGUCAAAAGCAAAUUCAGGACUUAACCGAGGAAAUGGAGGUAUCCCGCAACCUGGUUGCCGAGCAAACCGCCCAAUUCGAAUCGAAAGUCAGGGAGACCCUUUGCAAAGAGGGCAAUGAUCACAUCAUGCAGGUCAUUGAUGAUCUCUUCCGAGAAAUGAACGUGGUUCGCGACGAAAUGUCUCAAAUGCGAGAGGACUUGAUCUUCAUCCAGCAGCGAUUGCAGACCUUAAAAAAUAAAUCGGAGCAAUUGGAAAAUCUUGGUGAUGGCCUGCGUGUUCUUGAAUAUAUUUCGGAUCAGAGCAGCAACAACGUGCUGGAACAAAAGGUGAAAGAGAGGGAGCUGGAGCUGUAUAACUUGCGGGAACGCAAAGUUCAUGCCAUCCAUGCGAUGGCCCACCUGAUGAAUAAAAAGAAAAUGAACGCGGAGCUUUUGCAUAAAAUGAAGUCCAAGCUAAAAGUGCAGGAGAAGCUGAAGAGGGACCUCCGGGACCGCCUGCACAAGGGAAUGGUUCUGCACGAGCAGCUCAAGAAGCGGGCUUCAAAGCUGAAGAAGACCGGCUGUCUGAUGCAAUAUCCGGAUUUGCUGCGGGACUACGAUGCCACAGUGGAGCACCUGCAGACCAAGCGAGUGGUGGUCAGGAAGCUCCGCAUAGAACACAAGCGCCUGGAGCGGAGGAUCUCAGAGGUGGAUGCCCACAUCGACCAUUUGACUUUGUCGCUCAGGAAAAAACUAAGCUAUGUGUCCGGCUCAUUAAGGCUAAGCAGCCGAAAAAUUAGCAGAACACAAAAAUAAGAAUUCCGAUAAGAAAUGUUUUCAGAAGCCAAUUUUUGGGGGCAAUAGUUUAAUUUAAAU